GGCGAGCGAAUCCUUUUCUGAAACAGAGCGCUGUCAUGCCGCACGCUAGGAGCUUAGUUCGUAGUAAAACCUACGUAACACCGAGGCGGCCGUUCGAAAAAACACGGCUCGACCAGGAGUUAAAACUUAUUGGUGAAUAUGGAUUAAAAAAUAAACGUGAAGUAUGGAGGGUAAAGCUUCUUUUGGCCAAAAUCAGGAAGGCAGCUCGUGAACUCCUUACCCUGGACGAAAAAGACCAAAGAAGGUUGUUUGAAGGAAAUGCUCUCCUGCGUAGACUUGUACGAGUCGGGGUAUUGGAUGAAACGAAAAUGAAACUCGAUUAUGUGCUUGGUCUCAAGAUUGAAGAUUUUAUGGAGAGACGACUUCAGACACAAGUUUUCAAACUGGGUUUGGCAAAGUCAAUUCAUCAUGCAAGAGUUUUAAUCCGCCAACGUCACAUUCGUGUCCGAAAGCAGGUCGUUAAUAUUCCUUCUUUCAUCGUGCGAUUGGAUUCACAGAAACAUAUAGAUUUCUCUCUGCGAUCUCCAUACGGUGGAGGAAGACCAGGACGUGUCAAGAGACGAAACAUGAAGAAAGGUUCUGGAGGAGGUGAAGAAGAAGAGGAUGAGGAUUAAUUUAAAUCUUCUUAUCUUCUCUGUGAAGAUUCCCUGGUUCUGGUCAGUGCGAUACUAAAAUAAAACUAAAAAAAAA